AGCGCCUCCCGCACUCCCCGCCCCGCGCAGAGCGGCCGCUUCCGGCCCACGUGGGUCGCACGGGCACAUGGCCGCGAGCAUGGAGCCUACAGAGGACGUGGAGCGGCUCCUGAUCCAGUUCCGCGAUGAGGCCGGCGAGCCGCUGGGCUCCCCCUUCGACGUGCCUGUCAGCAUCACCCCGGAUAAGCUGCAACUGGUGUGCAACGCCCUCCUGCAGCAGGAUGAGCCGGUGCCUUUGGCCUUCUUCUUCCACGAUGCCGAGAUCGUCGUUUCGCUGGAGAAGACCUUGGCAGGGCAAGCAGUGGAGACAGAGAAGGUUCUCGACAUCAUCUACCAGCCGCAGGCCGUGUUCAGGGUGCGGGCGGUGACACGCUGCACCAGCUCCCUGGAGGGACACACCGAGGCCGUCAUCUCCGUCGCCUUCAGCCCCACGGGAAAGUACCUGGCGAGCGGCUCUGGGGAUACAACAGUCCGCUUCUGGGACCUCAGCACAGAGACGCCGCAGUUCACAGCCAAAGGUCACAGGCACUGGGUGCUCAGCAUCGCCUGGUCACCUGAUGGCAAGAAGCUGGCCUCAGGCUGCAAAAACAGCCAGAUAUUUCUCUGGGACCCAGCCACAGGCAAUCAGAUCGGCCGCGUUCUCACUGGCCAUUCCAAAUGGAUCACGUGUCUGUGCUGGGAGCCGCUCCACAUAAACCCAGAGUGCCGCUACCUGGCCAGUGCUUCCAAGGAUGGCAGCAUCCGCAUCUGGGACACGCAGAUGGGCAGGUGUGACAAAAUCCUCACGGGCCACACGCAGUCGGUGACUUGUGUGAAGUGGGGAGGCGACGGCUUGCUCUACUCCUCCUCCCAGGACAGAACUAUCAAAGUGUGGAGAAGCCAGGAUGGCAUCCUGUGCCGCACCUUGCAAGGCCACGCUCACUGGGUGAACACCAUGGCCCUUAGCACUGAUUACGUUCUUCGCACUGGUGCCUUUGAACCUGCUGAAGCCACCAUUAACCCACAGGAUAUGAGUGGCUCCUUGGCAGAACUGAAGGACAAGGCACAGCAGAGGUAUGAUAAAGUCAGGGGCCAGGGACCAGAAAGGCUCGUCUCAGGUUCAGAUGAUUUCACGCUGUUUCUUUGGAGGCCAGCAGAAGAUAAGAAGCCACUGGAGAGAAUGACAGGUCACCAGGCAUUGAUUAACCAAGUCCUCUUCUCACCAGACACCCGGAUAAUAGCCAGUGCUUCCUUUGACAAAUCAAUAAAGCUCUGGGAGGGCAGGACAGGAAAGUACCUGACAUCACUGAGAGGACACGUCUCAGCCGUGUAUCAGAUCGCCUGGUCAGCCGACAGCCGCUUGCUGGUGAGUGGGAGCAGCGACAGCACGCUGAAGGUCUGGAAUGCUGAGACAAAGAAACUGGCCAUUGAUCUUCCUGGCCAUGCAGAUGAGGUUUUUGCAACAGAUUGGAGCCCAGAUGGACAGAGGGUAGCGAGUGGAGGGAAGGAUAAGUGUUUACGGAUAUGGCGCCGAUAGCAGCGACACGAAGCCACCAGUCCUGUCCUAAGCUGGCCUGCCCAUCGACUCGAUCUGCCUGGGAGAUCUGCAAGGCGAUGGACGACAGGGGCUGACCUGGGCAUGUCUCAUUGUUCCUGUCAGCUGCUAUCCCUCAUGGAUUCUUUCCUUAUAUUUAUUUAAGGAAAUUUUAAUUUCUGUUCUUAGUAAGAGCUGUGCUUUGCAGGAUCCUUUUCCUCUGAGCAUUACAAGAAGGAAAUCUCAUCUGCCUCCA